AUGGCCACAUCGUCAGUGGGUAACCUACCAGAAUGUUCUGUUUGUUGUGAAAGCUUUGAGAUUGCACCUAAAUUUUUACCAUGUGGACAUACUUUUUGUUUGCCCUGUAUAAAAAGAUGUAUAGCUGAUAAAAGAGAGACAUUCCCUUGUCCAUUCUGUAGGAGUAAUGUUAAGAUUCCAGAAGGUGGUGCCAAGAACUUUCCUGACAACUAUAUAGUUCAAACAUCCAAACAUACAACAAAAACACCACAGCCAAAAUGUCCCAAUCACAGUCAGAAGGAGGUGGAUCUUUACUGUAGUAAUUGUAAUGUAGGAUUAUGUUUAAAAUGUAUAUUUAUACAACACAAAGAUCAUGAAACUCUGGAUAUAGAAUCUGAUGAUACCCGGAAUAAAGCCAUAGAAAAACUUCAACGUUCACAAAGAACCAUCCAAAACCGAAUCAAACACUUGGUGAAAACUCGCUCUACAUUAUUAGAAUCAUUGGAACAACUGGAAUCUUUGUGUGAAGAGUCCUGCGUUAAAGUGACUGAAAAAACUGAGCAAAUUGUUUCAAAUUUAAGACGAAGUUGUGAACAGAUUAUAACAGACAUCGGAAAAAAUUUGGAAGAAAAUAGAAGUAAAGUAGAGGAUAGAGAAAAGAAACUAACAAGAGAAAUAACUUUAUUAGAAAGGGAGAUGGAAUCAAAUAUUUCACCUUCAACAAAAACAACAUUAAACAUUUUACAAACAUUGCCUCGUUUGAUUAAAAUAGAAAAACAGAGUGAAAGUAGGAAAUGUUAUAAUCUGUGUGUACAGUAUUCACAGUGGGUUGGGAAGGAAUUUAGUUUUGAUAUAGAUCAGUUAGGGUCUGUUAUUUCUAAACCCUUUUACAUACCAGGUUCGUAUCAGUUUAUAUUUAAUGUAAGUGAUAUAGGGAAAGGUGGGACAAUUUAUUACAGCAAGAAUAAGUUUAGAUGCAACAACUUGGUAUGGAGCUGUGGUGUAGAUAGGGAUAGUGAUGAUGGAAUAUAUAUUGGUGUUCAACUAUUAUCAACUGAUAAUCCUAAAUUAAACUAUUGUAUUAUUGAUUAUCAAGUCAGCAUAUUGAAUAUUGAUGAUGACAGUAAAACUAUAACUAGAACAGAUAGUGGCUGGAGAUUUUAUAGAGAGAGAUAUUGGGGAUGGAUAUAUCCUAUCGCUUGGUCUGAUCUCAAUAGCAAUGGUUAUUUAAAUUCUAACGGUCAGUUUGUGGUUCAAUGUAAUAUAACACAGAUCAUUGAAAUAUCAUGGGGAGCCGCGGUGGCUCAAUGA